AUGGGAACCAAGCGAGGGUCGUGGGAACCCAUGGGAACCAAGCGAGGGUCGUGGGAACCAAGCGAGGGUCGUGGGAACCAAGCGAGGGUCGUGGGAACCAAGCGAGGGUCGUGGGAACCAAGCGAGGGUCAGCUACGGAAGGAGCAGGAAAUAUCCUCAGAGCAACGGAAGGAGCAGGGAAUAUCCUCAGAGCUACGGAAGGAGCAGGAAAUAUCCUCAGAGCUACGGAAGGAGCAGGAAAUAUCCUCAGAGCUACGGAAGGAGCAGGAAAUAUCCUCAGAGCUACGGAAGGAGCAGGAAAUAUCCUCAGAGCUACGGAAGGAGCAGGAAAUAUCCUCAGAGCUACGGAAGAAGAGGAAAUAUCCUCAGAGCUACGGAAGGAGCAGGAAAUAUCCUCAGAGCUACGGAAGGAGCAGGAAAUAUCCUCAGAGCUCGGAGGAGCAGGAAAUAUCCUCAGAGCUACGGAAGGAGCAGGAAAUAUCCUCAGAGCUACGGAAGGAGCAGGAAAUAUCCUCAGAGCUACGGAAGGAGCAGGAAAUAUCCUCAGAGCUACGGAAGGAGCAGGAAAUAUCCUCAGAGCUACGGAAGGAGCAGGAAAUAUCCUCAGAGCUACGGAAGGAGCUUGGGACCAAAGAAGUAUAG